CGCGCGGCUCUGCUGGAUCCUUCUCAUUCAGCGCUCCUCUUUGGAUGUGGCACUGCGCAGUAGGUAGUUUCAGAGAAGGGUCUACGCGUGCGUGCGUGAGUGAGUGAGUGAGAGCGCGUUUGUGUGAAUGUGCGCUCUGAGAGGCAAAAGACGAAGAAGAGGCAGAAGAAGAGAGGCGGGCGUGGGGUUUCUGUCUUGUUGAAAUCGUGCAGAUCGAUCAGCAGCUCCCUCUGUGGAUUUGAUGGAUGUAUGAUCAGUGGAUGUGAUGCCCAUAUAUAUCAUCGACCGAAAAUUUCCUGACACACCUGGUGAGUUGAUACAGCUGGCUGCUGAAGGAGAGCUGAGAAUGACAGAAACCAACACGCCAAAGUCGGCUAAGAAGCCCCGAUGGACCUCCUUGGAGAUUGGCCUCAUUACCAUAGUCUCCCUGCUUUUUAUUGUCAUCGUUGCACUCAUCAUUCUUUUUGCCACUCAGAAAACUGAUGAAAUGUGUACCACAGCUGACUGCACACAGUCAGCGUCUCGUCUCAUCGAAAACAUGGAUUCAUCCGUGAACCCCUGCGACAACUUCUAUCAGUAUGCCUGCGGAGGAUGGCUGAAGAAGAACAUCAUCCCGGAGACCAGCUCCAGAUACAGCACGUUUGACAUCUUACGAGACGAGCUGGAGGUUAUCCUCAAAGGUGUCCUUGAAAAAACGGUGGAUGGAGAAGCAGCUGCUCUCACCAAGGCUAAAACCCUAUACAAGUCCUGUACCAAUGAGAGUUUAAUAGAGCAAAGAGGAGGGGCUCCUUUACUCGAUAUGCUGCCAGAUAUGUUUGAGUGGCCCAUAGCAGUGGACGGCUGGGAGGAAAAAUACGGGGCAACAUGGAGGUUGGAAGACGUCAUUGCCAGGUUAAAUGAGAAAUAUGGGACUCAACUACUGGUUAACUUCUUUGUUGGCACAGAUGACAGAGACUCAAACUCUCACAUUAUCCAUUUUGACCAGCAGACAAGUCUUGGUCUGUUGUCCAGAGAUUAUUAUGCAUGUACUGGACCCUAUGCAGAGGCAUGUCGGGCCUAUGAGCAGUUCAUGAUUGACCUAGCUAAGCUGAUACGAUCUGACCGUGGACUUAAGGUCAAUGAAACCCUCAUUAGAGAGGAAGUGGCACGAGUUAUGGACCUGGAGAGAGACAUUGCUAAUGCCACCGAUACCCCAGAGGAUAGAAACAACCCAGUCCUGCUUUAUAAUAAGAUGGAACUUGGUGACUUGAAUACCAACUUUACUCUUGAGGUUGAUUCUAAGGUAUUUGACUGGAGUCACUUUACAGCUAAGAUCAUGGAUGCGGUGAAUAUCAACAUUUCUGACUCUGAGAAAAUCAUAAACUACUCUCCAAACUAUUACAGAAGACUCAACCUUGUUUUGGCCAAAUAUAAUAAGAGGGAUCUGCAGAACUACAUGGUGUGGCGUUUUGCUAUGAACAUGGUGGUGGGCCUGAGCAGAGCUUACAGAGACACCAGGAAAGCUUUCCGUAAGGCACUGUCUGGCACAACAUCGGAAGCAGCUGUGUGGAGACAGUGUGCACUUUAUGUCAACAACAACAUGGACAACGCUGUGGGACGGCUGUAUGUACAGGAGGCCUUCUCUGAAAAGAGUAAAGAACUGAUGGAGGAGAUGAUUAAAGACAUCCGGGAAGUUUUCAUUAGUAACAUGGAUGAUCUGUCCUGGAUGGAUGCAGAGACAAAAAAAGCAGCUGAGGAGAAAGCCCGAGCCAUUCGUGAACGGAUUGGCUACUCCGACACCAUCAUGGACGAUGAACACCUCAACAAUGAGUACAAAGAUCUGAGCUACAAUGCAGAAAAGUACUUUGAAAACAUCCUACAGAACCUGGAGUAUGUGCAGAAAAAACGCCUCCGGAAACUUCGAGUGAAAGUCAACAAAGAUGAGUGGGUAACUGGGGCUGCUGUCGUCAAUGCCUUCUACUCAGCCAGCAAAAAUCAAAUAGUCUUCCCUGCAGGCAUCCUCCAGCCCCCUUUCUUCAGCAAAGGCCAAGCUAAAUCUCUAAACUAUGGAGGCAUUGGCAUGGUAAUCGGUCACGAGAUCACGCAUGGCUUUGAUGACAAUGGGCGCAACUAUGAUAAGGAUGGAGACUUGAAGGACUGGUGGACACCAGACUCCACUCGCAGAUUUCUGGAACAGUCAAACUGCAUCGUUGAUCAGUAUAGCAACUUCUCUUGGGAGCUGGCCAAUGGACUACAUUUAAAUGGUAACAACACCCUCGGGGAGAAUAUUGCAGACAAUGGAGGGAUACGUCAGGCGUACCAGGCCUACAGAAACCAUGUGAAGGACCAUGGUGAGGAGCCACCGCUACCUGGCAUUGAUCUUUCCCAUGAUCAACUCUUCUUUCUGAACUUUGCUCAGGUGUGGUGUGGAACACACCGACCAGAACAAGCGGUUAACUCCAUCAAAGUAGACGUGCACAGUCCAGGGAAAUUCAGGGUACUAGGCUCCCUACAGAAUUUCCCAGAAUUUGCCAAAGCGUUCAGCUGUAACAAAAGCAGCUACAUGAUCCCUGACAAUGUCUGCCGUGUGUGGUGAUCUAAGGAUCUCUGGGAUGGGGUGUCCCUCCCUCCUGACUGUUGGAGCACUCAAGUAUUUCAGUGUGGUGGAAGCAGCAAUUAGCCCUGUACUGGAUGGACUAUGGCUGGUGGACUGACACUGCAGUACGCAUCAUCUAAAGACAAUAGCAGACUGUACCUUCUUGGUGGAUGAAGCACUGUUUUUCCUUUUCUUUCAAACUGAUAAUAGUUUAUUAAAAAUAGCCUCAAUUAUUCUCUUGAUGACUGGAUUCAAUCAAUUCCCCCCCCCCCCCCCCCUCUUACAGUCUUAAGUAAUCAUCUUGCCACUGUGGUUUCAAAUGCAGACACGAGUAUGACCCAGUGAAAAAGCUCUACAAGCGGUUGGCAAAAGUGGCAGACAAAAAAACUGUUAUCAGCCCACUGGCAUAUGAAUACACACCCACUCACACAUGCAACACUGCCGAACCGCUGCAUUGUAUGUGGGACUAAGCUGUUCAACUCUCUAAACCUCAGCUGCUUUCAGCCUCUAUUAACAUGCAGAUACAGUAUGUGUUCUUGCAAUGUUCUUUCUUUAUAGAACCAGAAUAAUCUACAAAAAACUCAAUUUUAUUUGAACAGACAAGUAUAGUGUUUCAGCAGUUAUUUCAGUGUGUGAUACAACGGUUGAGGUAAUGACUAUUGCAGUUGACAGUUGGCUGCUGUUCAGUAGCAGAAUGACGAUAAUUAACCAAAAUGAAGUUUUUGCCUUUAAGAUGACAGCUGGUCAUGAAUCACCAAAAUGACAAUCUACAGUUUUCAGAGCCUUGUUUUUCUUUAUCCUUUUGGAUGAAGUUGUGUUCCUAUGUGAAUGUUUUAUAUGUUCCAGUCUUUGUAAAUCAUUUAUCACUGCCUACUUUUGUCAAGCUAAUUCGUAUGCCUUACAGUUGUGUUACAGCCUGUGUGAAUUUUGGGAUGUCGGUCUAAGAACAAAGGAACUUUAUUAAUGUUUAAGUAGUUUGGAAUGAUUUUUUUUUUGUGCUUGUUACAUAACCAUAUAACCAUCACAACACCAGUCUGUGUCAGCCAGCUGGGAGCUAGCUAAGGCUAGGAACACAGCAGGAAGUGCUCAGCUGGCUCUCCAAAAUAAGAUGCCUAAAAACACCAAUUAAACUGAAUAAUUACCACACAUCGUUUAUAUUUAAUUAGGACCAAAACAAGAGGUUAUAGGCCGAUUCAGCAGGAGGUAGCUUAAAGUCACUUUGAGUUACUGCUUGGAUCACUGACUUCAAUCAGUACCUGCUAGUUGCUUAGCAACCUAAUGAUGACAGGAGACGUUUAAUUUGUAGUUUACUAAUUAACAGACGUAAAAAUAAGUGCAUUUGACAGUUGUUUCAACAGCCAUCAUUUUGAAUGUAACUCUUAGUUUACAGAGCUGCUUUUUUUCAGGUCUAAGCCACUAAAGGCAAGUAAAACAUUUUAUCUCCAUCCAUCGCUUAAUACCCAAAAUACAUAUCUUUUUUAAAUGUAAUAUCUAAAAUGAAAUUACAAAUUAACUGAUCAUUGAAUGUCAACUUUUUUUUCUUUCUACAAUGCAUUGUUUUAAAGAUUGUAUCAAGGCAGUGGAUCCAGCAAUCUCUGGCUUUAUUUUCAGGCUGUCAUGCUUUGGUUAAAAAUGGAAAAAAAAUGCCUUUAAUAUAAAGAUUUGUGCAAUAAAUUUUGUGCAGUGAUCACAUUACUACUUCAAUUAACACCAUUCUUGUCCAGUCUUUACAGAGUCUUGGUUACACUGGUCUUAUGAAAGCUUUUGUUUGUCUCCUGUACUCUUCUUUUAAUUUUCUCGCGCUGUGUUCAGCUUCAGUUGUUUAAAUACAGAAAUACCUCAGUUGCCUGUAUUUUAAUACUUUAUAACUGAUCAUCCUAAACUUGUUUAAUUUCCAAUAAAUCUUUAAUAUCAGUUGACAGAUUUA